GUUUAGUCGUUUAUCAAAAAAAAAAUAUCAACAAAUACAUAUGAUCAAUUUUAUCAAAUUUUUAUCAAAUAUGAAAUAUGAAUCAGCUCAAACGAUUAGAUGAAUCAGGAACGACAAAAAACAUGGUAAAAAAAAAAAAAGCUACCAGUCAAAUUACAACAUGUUCCUCGAGCAAAAAAAAUAACAAGACAGUAUGCUGUCACCAUGAUGAUGAUUUAUACGCUAAAGAUGGAAUGAUAAUUGAGCAUGUUAAUAAUGAUUGCCUGGCUGAAAUAUUCAUGUAUGUGCCAGCAUGGGAGAGACCAAAAAUUGCAUUGGUAUGCAAAAAAUGGAAAAGAGUCCUUGAUGAUUAUUCUUGGUUUAAUGUCAAAAAACUUGAAUUCACUCAUUGGGAAUAUGAUGAGUAUCCACAUUUUUUAAAGGGAAAUUAUCCAACAAUCGAUGGACAAUUUAAUUUUUUACAAUCAUUGCUUUAUAAAUGUGGUCGUUAUUUACGAGAAUUAGACUUGUCAGUCUAUGAUCAUUGUAACAUAGUGCCAGUUAUUAAUGAAUAUUGUCCAAAUCUCGAAAAACUUCAAAUAAGAAUCAGAGUUUAUGAUCAUGUUAUAUUAACUAAUGCAUUUACAAAUCUUUCUAAACUAAAAGUAUUAAAAAUUAUAUUUCAUGGUUGUUUAACGGGUGCAUGUUUAUUUGUACCUCAAGCUAUAAUUAAAUCAUUGUUAAACGUUGCUGAUACAUUGACUGAUCUCAAUUUGUCAAAUUGGGCUAUAGCCAUGAUUGAGAUUGCUCAUUUUACAGAAGAAAUGACUAAUGUGAUUUCUCAACUAAAGGUUUUAAGACAAUUUGUAAUGACUGGCCUAGAUUGUCACGAAACUUUAUAUGACUAUGUGCACAAUUCUAAAACAAUAAGAACCAUUUGUGACGACAGUGGUUUGAUUGGAAAUAAAAUUGAUGACAUGAUGCCUUUUGAAAAUAUCGAGGUAUUAGAUAUUAGUGAUUGGCUAAUUACUGAUGAUGGUGUAUAUAUGAUUGCUAAUACUAUGAAACAAUUGCACAGACUACAUGUAGCAUGUUCAUGGCUAACUGAUGCUGGUAUCGUUGCAUGUACAAAGAUGAAUAAUUUAAAAUUUCUUGAUUUUUGCGGCUUUAAUAGCACCACUGACUCUUCAAUUAAAUUGCUUAAAAAUAAGACACAUUUAAAGUUACCAUGCAGCAAUGAAAUUUCUGAUGAAUCAGCCAUUAAAGUUCUUGAAAAUUCACCAGAAAUGAUUCGUUAUAGCAUUGGAAACACAGGUAUAACUCAUAAGCUAAUUGAAAAAGCAGCAGAAAUAUCAAGAAAUCGUAAAAGGCAAUUGAUUAUAUGGGUUACACUUGAACGUGAUAUGUCUAACACACAAGUUGAAUAUGAAUAUUUAACUGUUGAUUAUGUUGAAAAAGAAAAACAAGAAAAUGAAAAUCACAUAUUUUACUAGAUUCAUUGAAAAUUUUACCAUUAUCUAAUAAUCAGAGAGAAAGAUUUAUAUAUAUUUUCAUAUAGAAAUUGAAAUUUUAAUAUAAUUAUAAAUUAAAUUAAAGCUAUUGAUGAUAACUGACCAAUAAUUUUGUAUACGAGGUUGAUUGAGAUGAAAAUUUUACCUAUAUGUAUAAACAUCAGAAAAAAAGGUUUAUAUAUAAUAUAUUAUUAAUUUUAACGGUAAAAAAAAAAUUAAAAAUAAUUUUUAUAUUUUUAUUUUUGCUCAUCAAUAGUAGCAGUGCGUUAUUUAUGCCAAAAAAAUUAUUCGCAACAAUUAAUUAUUCUGGUAUAAUAAAAAUAAAAAUAAUUUUUUUUUUUUUUCUUUCUAUGUGGCUACAUAAUUAUUAUGCAAAAAUAAAUGCUUUUAUUGAAAAAAAAAAAAAAAAA